AUGCUGGCUGGUCCACAGUGGCGCAUCUCUUGUGCCAGCGCAUCGAGCAAGGAAGACGAAGUUCCAGUUAAAUGCGAGCUACUGUCGGUCAUUACAUCGUAUAUUAAUCAGUUACCCUCUGUUAAUAUCAGUUACAGCCAGUAUCCUGUUAUCCUGUUACUGUUAUCCUGUUCUACUGUUACUGUUCUUAUACCGUCGAUGCCGGUAGAACAAGGGAGAAGCGCCCGAGACGGCCUCACCUUUUUUUUUUCUCUGCCAGAAGUCAAGGGAGAAGAAGAAGAAGAAGACUUGGGCAUCGUCUUUUCUUCUUCUCGUCUUCUCUUCUUCUUAUUCUGCUUUUUCAGGCUAUUCUUGGUUUUUCGUGCUGGGCGUCUGACUUGUUCGCCUUGCCAGCCACAUCACCACCAGCUGCACCACCAGCAACACCCACAGCUACAGCUACAGCUACGUCUGCUCCUACACCUGCAACCACGUCAUCGUGUCUUCACGUUGAUUUCCUCUCUGCAGUCCGUCUUUCCCGCCGUGUCGCCCUCAGCUUCCACCCGCCCUGACGAGACCAACGACCUUCACGACCAGGCUACGAUACCGCCAGCUCCCACCCGCCAGCCCAAGCAGCGUCUGCGUCGCCACCAGAGACGUGCUGCCCUGCUCGAGUCCGCCGACCAGAGACAGGGGCAAGCACAGCGUCAGCAGAGACAGCAGCGGAGGCAGCCAUUUGCCUCUAUAGACCACAGGCUCGCCCCAAAGGAUACCCAGGACACCAAGGACACCCAGAAGGACGGACAGAGAGUCACCGAGGACUCACAGAAGAACAGAGAGAGAGACACUGGGGACCCACGGCGGGAGAGUUGGCAGGGCACUGCGUCGUACUGGCCCGCGCAUAACGUCAGGGUCUCCGCCAGCACCGCCUCUGCCAUCCUCUGGGUGCUCGAAGAAGCCAUCCGGACUCCUUUCCCCUUCACCGCUGACCUGGCCGAGCUCAACGCGUCCAUGUCGGAGCUCUUCGAGGGGGACGUCGCCAACGGCCAUAGCCAGCACCACCCUCACCAUCAUCACAAUGGCGUUGUCAGGACGGGCCAGCCGCAGCAGCAGUCCCUAGCUGUUCCUUCGUCUUCUUCUGCUGCUGCUGCUUCUCACCCGGCCAGUGGUGUCCGCACUCCAACCGACAUCAUGAGACGGCGGCGGGAGAGGGAACGGGCACAGCUCAAGGCCGAGCAGGAGGCCAAGAUGAGAGAAGAGCAGCUGCAGAAACAGGCCCAGGCACAGGCACUGGAGCAGGCACAAGCAGAACGUACUACCCAAGUUGAACAGACAUCCAGAAGACCAGACGUCACAGUAUCGUCUCACGAACCUGGCCCACGACAGGGCGGCAGACAGGAGACUGUCCGUCUCGUCCCAGAAGACCAGGCGAAGCCAACCAGACAACGGUCAAAUAUCUCACAGGCAGCCAAGAUGGCUGGAAAUUCACAGCAGCAGCAGCAGCAGCAACAGCAGCAACAGCAACAAACAGACAAACCACAGGCCAGUCAGUCCGGAACUGGAGUCCACCAGCAGUCUCGAGGCAAAGCGGCAUUCCCACACGCCUUUGAACGCUGGGAGAUGCUGUCGUCCCACUGGGAAGGCCUGACGAGCUACUGGAUCCGCCGCCUGGAGCAGAACAACGAAGAGCUCAGCAAGGAUCCGCUCAGCCAGCAGAUGUCACGGCAAGUGACCGACCUCUCUGCUGCCGGUGCCAAUCUCUUUCACGCCGUUGUCGAGCUGCAGCGUCUCCGAGCCUCGUCCGAACGCAAGUUCCAGCGCUGGUUCUUCGACACCCGCGCCGAACAGGAACGGGCCCAGGAGGUGCGCGCAGAGCUCGAACGCAUGCUCAACGCCGAACGCCAGGCUCGCGCCGAUGCGGUGGCCGCCCUGAAGCAGUCCGAGAGCGACAAGGCCAAGGCCCAGGAGCUGGCCAGGGAGGUCCGGCGGGAGCUGCAGAUAUCUCGAGAUGAGGCACGCCGGGCCUGGGAAGAGCUCGGCCGCAGAGAGCAGGAGGAGCGUGACCGUACCGUCUCUCUCAGGAAUGGAGAGCCCACCAUCGUCGGAGGCGUCCAGGUCGUCCCCAUGCUGCAAUCCGUCCCCAGCAGACACACCAGCACCGCCAACCGGCCCCCGACCAGAGAAGGUCCCUAUCCGGGAGGCCCUAGCGGAACGUCCAUGGGCGGCCAGUCGCAGCAGCAGCAGCGCCCUUUGCUGGAGACGACGGAGUCGACUGCUGGAUAUGACAGCCACGAUACCGACCCCUUCAUCGAAUCCCACAAUCCCCCUUUUGCUCCCGAAGCGCCACACCCUCCCCAGCAGGCUACCUCCCAGGCGCCCCGACAGUCUCCCGGUCGAGCACAGGCAGAGCCAGGAGGCCGCAGCCACCACUUCUACCAGCACGACAGCCAGACCAUUCAUGGAACUCCAUCCGCCCAUGCAGGUGCCGACGUGGACUCAGAAGAUGACCACACACCUACUAGCACCGGUGCCACUGCGGCCGGUGGUACUACCGGCACCACUCUCGCAGGCUCCGACGACCGCCAGCUUUCCUACCCUCGCGCCAUAUCUGAUGACAGCGACGACUACAACACCGAACCCUUUGACAACUACGUGAGCUAUGGUUCCGGACCCCAUACCUCUCCCGGUACAAGCGCUGCAGAUGACACCCAUAUUGGAUACCCUGCUCCCGCCGACUACAGUGGAUCCGGAUGGGGGGUCGGCGGUACUGGAUGGGAUUCGGUCACGCCCCGGCAUCGACAUCCAACCCGGCUCAGCGACGUGUUGGAAGAAGACGAGCGAAGCCGUACCAGUCCCAGCCGCGCCAGCCAGGCCAGCCGAACCAUGCAGUAG